AUGGACGACGCCGCCGCCAACCCCGCCACGAAGUCACAGGUUCUCCAAACAACACUCAUCGAGAUCACUGCACGUGCAGGCGCAGACGCAGAUCCCAACCAUCUCGCGGAAGAGUGCUGCGUAAUAUGCCUUGACCACCUCACCGAUUUGGCCCAGGCAUUGCCCUGCCGCCACGCGAGCUUCGACUUCAUCUGCCUAGCCAGCUGGCUGCAAGAGCGCAGUUCCUGUCCCCUCUGCAACGCCGAGGUCUCCGAAAUCCACUACGCCUUCACAAAUGAGUCGAAUUACAAAGUCUACCCCGUCACAUCCACCACCAAGUCCGCCACCCCCUCGUCGAACCCGCCACUACAGCGCAGCGUCCCACAUCGACCAUCUCGCCCACGGCGGCAGUACACACAUAACCCCACCCCAGCCGCCGACGACGCCCUCGCCCGCCGCAGAGCAGUCUACGCGCAAAACCUUUACUCCCUCCACAUAGGCACAAACCGGAUCUCGCGCUUCCGCGAUUUCACGCCACAAUCCCUCUCCGCCUCCCCCAAGCUGCAAUCACGGGCGCGGACCUGGAUACGGCGGGAGUUGCGUGUUUUCGCUUUCUUACACCCCAAAGACACGGCAGACGGGGAGACAACAGAGGGGAGAACGAGGGGAAGCGGCGAUAACGCGGAGUUCCUCUUAGAGUAUAUCAUCGCCAUCCUAAAGACGGUGGAUGUGCAGGGGGCGGCGGGGCAGGCGGAGGAGCUGCUGAGGGAGUUUUUGGGGAGGGAGCAUGCGAGGUUGUUUUUGCAUGAGGUUAGGGCGUGGUUAAGGAGUCCGUAUGGGAGGGUGGAGGAUUGGGAUCGGAAUGUGCAGUAUGCUGUGCCUGUGAAGGUGGGGGAGGGGAGGGGGGAUGGAGGGGAAGGUGGUGGUGCGAGGGAUGGGAGGAGGGGGAGGAGUGAUAGGUAUACGCCGUAUGGAGGUGGGAGGAGGGGUGUGGAGGAGACUAGACGGAGGUAUAAUCCGGAUUGA